AAAGGGUUGCAGCAUUAGGAAGGUUGAGAACCACUGACUUAGGGGUCCUUGGAGGGAGCCUCUGAGAACUCAAACCUUCCCUCACAAUUUUUUUUUCCUUUCUCACCUAGAUGCCGCAUCCCCGAAGGUACCACUCCUCAGAGCGAGGCAGCCGGGGGAGUUACCACGAGCACUAUCGCAGCCGGAAGCACAAACGACGAAGAAGCCGCUCCUGGUCUAGUAGCAGUGACCGGACAAGGCGGCGGCGGCGAGAAGACAGUUACCACGUCCGUUCUCGGAGCAGCUAUGGCGACCGUUCGUCAGACAGAAGGGCCUAUGACCGGAGGUACUGCGGCAGCUACAGGCGCAACGACUACAGCCGGGACCGGGGCGAGGCCUACUACGACCCAGACUACCGGCACUCGUGCGAGUACCACCGGGAGAACAGCAGUUACCGCAGCCAGCGCAGCAGCCGCAGGAAGCACAGGCGGCGGAGGCGGCGCAGCCGGACCUUCAGCGGCUCAUCUUCGCAGCACAGCAGCCGGAGAGCCAAGAGUGUAGAGGACGACGCUGAGGGCCACCUCAUCUACCACGUCGGGGACUGGCUACAAGAGCGAUAUGAGAUUGUAAGCACCUUAGGAGAAGGGACCUUCGGCCGAGUUGUACAGUGCGUGGACCAUCGCAGGGGCGGGGCACGAGUGGCCCUGAAGAUCAUUAAGAACGUAGAGAAGUACAAGGAGGCAGCUCGCCUUGAAAUCAAUGUGCUGGAGAAAAUCAACGAGAAGGAUCCUGACAACUCGAACCUCUGUGUGCAGAUGUUUGACUGGUUUGACUACCACGGCCACAUGUGUAUCUCCUUUGAACUCCUGGGCCUUAGCACCUUCGAUUUCCUCAAGGACAACAACUACCUGCCCUACCCCAUCCACCAAGUGCGACACAUGGCCUUCCAGCUGUGCCAGGCCGUCAAGUUCCUACAUGAUAACAAGCUGACACACACGGACCUCAAACCUGAAAACAUCCUGUUUGUGAACUCGGACUACGAGCUCACCUACAACCUGGAGAAGAAGCGGGACGAGCGCAGUGUGAAGAGUACGGCUGUACGGGUGGUAGACUUUGGCAGCGCCACCUUUGACCACGAGCACCACAGCACCAUCGUCUCCACUCGCCACUACCGGGCACCAGAGGUCAUCCUUGAGUUGGGCUGGUCACAGCCUUGUGACGUGUGGAGCAUAGGCUGCAUCAUCUUUGAGUACUACGUUGGCUUCACUCUCUUCCAGACUCAUGACAACAGAGAACAUCUGGCCAUGAUGGAGAGGAUCUUGGGUCCUAUCCCUUCCAGGAUGAUCCGGAAGACCAGGAAGCAGAAGUAUUUUUACCGGGGACGACUGGACUGGGAGGAAAACACAUCGGCUGGGCGCUAUGUGCGCGAGAACUGCCAACCACUGCAGCGGUAUCUGACCUCAGAGGCAGAGGACCACCACCAGCUCUUCGAUCUGAUUGAAAGCAUGCUAGAAUAUGAACCUGCGAAGCGGCUGACCUUGGGCGAAGCCCUUCAACACCCUUUCUUCACUCGGCUUCGGGCCGAGCCACCCAGCGCCAAGUUGUGGGACUCCAGUCGGGAUAUCAGUCGGUGACGAUCAGGCCCUGGGCCCCCCUGCAUCUUUCAGAGCAGGGGGUGUCCAGUCCAGGACACUGGUGCUUUUUUAUACAUGAGAGUGGAACCGGAGCCCACUCCUUCCUGGCUCCCUACACAUCUGUGAAUAUGUGGAAUAGUGUGAAUAUGACAGAGCUUGUACCUAUGAAUUCAGGCUCUGCCUUGUACAUAAUGCCAUUCCAUCCCACACUCACCUGCCUCUUCCCCUGGAGUUGGGUGGGGGCAGAAUGAGGUAACCAGGUGGCAUCUACCCUGUGUUUUAUAAGGAAUUUUGUACAGUCUUUGUGAAAUAAAAUGGCGUGCUCCAUCUGACCCCA